CCUAGAACUCCCUCUGUGUUUCCUUCCAUUUGUUCCUUUCAGCAACAAUGGCAGCUAUGCUGCGACCGCAGAUCAUAUUGCUGAAGGAGGGUACGGAUACGUCCCAGGGGAAGGCGCAGCUUGUCAGCAAUAUAAACGCCUGCACGGCGGUGGCGGACGUGGUCAGGACCACUCUCGGCCCCCGAGGGAUGGACAAGCUCAUUCACGACGAAAAGGGCUGCGUCACCAUAUCCAAUGACGGUGCCACCAUUAUGAAGCUGCUUGACAUAGUUCAUCCUGCUGCCAAGAUCCUCGUAGACAUUGCCAAGUCCCAGGACUCUGAGGUUGGUGAUGGAACCACGACUGUAGUUCUACUUGCAGCAGAGUUCUUGAAGGAGGCCAAACCUUUUAUAGAAGAUGGGGUCCACCCACAGAACAUGAUACGCAGCUACCGUACUGCAGGCUACUUGGCAAUUGAGAAGAUCAACGAAUUAGCUGUUAGUAUAGAAGGGAAAAGUCUAGAAGAGAAGAAAAGCUUAUUAGCUAAAUGUGCGGCAACAACACUCUCCUCAAAACUCAUUGGUGGAGAAAGGGAGUUCUUUGCAUCAAUGGUGGUCAAUGCUGUCAUUGCAAUUGGGAAUGAUGAUAGACUAAAUAUGAUUGGAAUCAAGAAGGUUCCUGGUGGUACCAUGCGGGACUCUUUUCUAGUAAAUGGUGUUGCCUUUAAGAAGACAUUUUCGUAUGCAGGUUUUGAACAGCAGCCAAAGAAGUUUGUGAAUCCCAAGAUUCUUUUACUGAACAUUGAAUUGGAACUGAAAUCUGAAAAAGAAAAUGCUGAGAUAAGACUUUCAGAUCCAUCACAGUAUCAGUCAAUUGUUGAUGCUGAAUGGAAUAUCAUCUAUGAUAAGCUGGAUAAAUGCGUGAAGAGUGGUGCCAAAGUUGUUCUUUCACGGUUGGCCAUUGGAGAUCUGGCAACACAGUAUUUUGCGGAUAGAGAUGUUUUCUGUGCUGGUCGUGUAGCUGAGGAAGACUUGCAGCGGGUUGCUGCUGCAACUGGGGGUAAUGUACAGACAUCUGUCAACAAUAUUAUUGAUGAGGUUCUUGGAACUUGUGAGGUUUUUGAGGAAAGGCAGGUUGGGAAUGAGAGGUUUAACAUAUUCAGUGGGUGUCCAUCAGGACAGACAGCUACUAUAGUACUUCGUGGUGGAGCUGAUCAGUUUAUUGAGGAAGCUGAGAGGAGUUUACAUGAUGCAAUCAUGAUUGUUAGAAGAGCCUUGAAGAACUCUACUGUAGUUGCUGGAGGUGGUGCCAUAGAUAUGGAGAUAAGUAAAUACUUGAGGCACCAUGCACGUACUAUAGCUGGGAAGUCUCAGCUUUUUAUUAACUCUUACGCAAAAGCUCUUGAGGUUAUUCCACGGCAACUAUGUGACAAUGCUGGAUUUGAUGCAACUGAUGUGUUGAACAAACUAAGACAGAAGCAUGCACUUCCAUCUGGUGAGGGUGCACCUUAUGGAGUGGAUAUAAACACUGGUGGAAUUGCAGAUUCAUUCUCUAAUUUCGUCUGGGAGCCAGCAGUUGUUAAGAUAAAUGCCAUCAAUGCUGCCACUGAAGCCGCCUGCCUUGUUUUAAGUGUGGAUGAAACAGUAAAGAACCCUAAGUCUGAGAGUGCUCAAGGAGAAGCUGCUGCAAGUGCCAUGGGUAGAGGGCGAGGAGGUGCUUUCCAUGGUCGCGGACGAGGGAUGCGGAGACAAUGAGCCCUUCCAGUUUUAAACUGAACCUGUUCAGGUUAGCGAAUGAAAUGUCAAGGAAGGUUUUAGUUAGGUUUUGUGCUUCACGACUUCCUUUGCGUGUUUUUUGAAUACCAAAUUGUCUCCCUGGCUGUGGCCGUCUAUCAUUUUGACACAGAAUUUGUGCGUUGAUUGUUAUUGGUGGCUUCUUUGAUAAUAUGGAAGGGCCGCUGUUUUUUGUUGGCUUGUAGAAGUAACUCAUUUUUCAAACCCAUUUUAGUGGAAAAUUAGACAGGGGAAUUGGCUUUUUACAUGUAUACUGUGGAAUAGUGAUUUCAUGCUCAAAGUAUAAAAUUAGGCUAAACUG